UCCUUUCAUUUUUAUUAGUACAUGUGCGGAUUGUUACAGUAAUAUUAUACUUAUUUGAAAGGAUUAUUGAUUUAAGUUUGACUAAUUUUAGUUAUUCUGCAUUACAGCUACAAAAAUUCGAAUAUAACUUUUGAUGAGAUGGAUGAUUAUAAUAAAUUAAUCAAGACUAAUAAUCCGAUGACUGAUGAAGAACGCAAAGAACUUGCAAGUCGUCUUGACAAAGAUUUAGAUAAUUUCAUUGAUAAUUUAGAACAGAAACCUUAUAAAGAUGGCUGGGACGAAUCUAAUUGGCGAGAAGAAAUGGAUAAACAUCCUUUUUUUAUGACAAAACCACCUGAUCCAACAGAAGAACCCUCACCACUUGUUGAAGGUUUACAAAAUUUACGUUAUGAUCCGGAUGAUAAUACUUCAGAAGAACUAGCUGAUAAACACAAAGAAGAUGGAAAUUUUAAUUUUAAGUGUAAAAAAUAUAAAUUUGCAAUUAUGUGUUAUCAAGAAGGUCUUAGACUAGAGUUUGAAAAUAAUCAGCUCCGUGCCCAAAUGUAUAAUAAUAUGUCUGCAUCUCAUUACUUUUUAAAAAAUUACAGAUCAAGUCUAAAAGCAGCACAAGAAGCUUUAUUAUUAAAACCAGAUUAUGAAAAGACAAUCAUGAGAGCAAUUAAUUGUUGUCUUUAUUUAAAGAAAUAUGACGAAUGUAUGGAGUAUUGUGAUAAAUAUCUUAAACAAGUACCUGAUGAUAUAACUGUGAUUAAUAUUAAAAAAGAAGCACUAAAAUCUAAGAAAAUUAUGGAAAAAGAUUUAAGAAAACUAAUGAAAAUUCAAAAACAGCAAGAUACUGAAAAACAAAAUCUAUUAGAUGAACUUAAUAAGAGAAAUUUAGUGAUAUUUGGAGGAAAAAGUAGUUCAAUUAAAGACUUAUCAGUUUUGGAUCCGAAAGUUCCUGGUUUAGUACAAAAAGUACAUUUAAUUGAUAAUCGUCUUGUAUGGCCUGUAACAUUUCUGUAUCCUGAAUAUCAAACAUCUGAUAUUGUACAAGAAUUCCAUGAAGAUUCAUUAUUUUAUAAUCACUUGUUAGAAAUUUUUUCUGAACGACCGGAGUGGGAUGUAGAUGGAAAAUAUAAUGCUGAUUCAGUGAAUAUUUAUUUUGAAGUUAUAAAUAAAUAUAAUAAGACAAGUGUUGUUAAAAUUGAUGUACAUAAUUGUACUUUAUCCGAAGCUUUAACUUCUUUAAGAUGUCCAAUUGAUAAUGGGAUGCCAGUAUUUAUUGUAUUUGUUGCUGGUCAAAAGUGUGAAAAGGAAUUUUUAAAAACUGCCACAUAAUUUUCAUAAUAUUAAAGAUAAAAACUAUGAAGAAUAAUUUACUAAAAAUGGUGACCAAAACAAUAUUAAACAUGUUCUAUUAUUUAUAAAAUUUUAUCAUUGAAUACUCAAUUAUAUAUAUAUAAAUAAGAAUGUUAUUGCUAACAAAUAUCUAUUAUAACCAUGGAAUUUUACGUGAAAUAAACUAUAAGAUUAUGUUUUUGUUAUAUAUUAAAAACUAGUAACUUUUUUAAUUUAUAAACAAAAAAUAAAAUAUUGUUUUUGACUGAGUA